AUGCACCCGGCGGACCGACGCUUGCAGGGGAUCAAGAACCUUGGAAGUUUUCUUGAAGCAUCCGAGGUGUUGCGCGGGCUUUGGGACAUGCCCAUGUUCUGUGGCUUUGGGGACUACCUCCACGUGGUGGCCACGGAAUGGAUGCUGCUGUUGGCGAUGGCAGUGUUCGUCGCGAAAAGUCCCUGGCCGGUGUUUCUCAGGACAGGGGUAGGGUUGACAGAUGUGUGCCCGCUCUUCGGAGCAGUCCAGUUAUCCACACACCCGGUUGAGCUUGGAGCAUUGUGCAGUUGCUGGGCGCUCAGUGUGCUCAUCUGCAUUUUAUGCCUCCAGCCGGUGUUUUGCCAACAUGUCACUGCUCGUGCAGAUUUCUUUCCAGAUUUCUUUCUAGAAUAUGCCGGCGAACGCCACGCCGAUGUGAUUGGAGAUGCAGUCGUGAAUUGCAGUACGCAUGACGCCUGUACACGCCCGGGCCCGAGUUUCCUUGCCGUCUCUCAUGAGUGGGGGAAGCUUCUCUGCGGCUGCCGGUUGUUUAGACGGGUGGGGUUUGCUGGUAUUAGGGUGGGCGAGGCCUCGCAUCCAGGACCUGCAGGUGCCUCUUCGGCCACUGCAAAUAAGAGACUUGAGCGGGAGCUUUCCCAGCUAGGUGAGGGCAACCUUGUGCAGUUGCUUCUGCUUAUGUUCAAGCUGCUGUUGCAAGUCUCCGGCGGCGGCAAUGUGGCCAAGUCGCUACAGUCAUUGCCAGGGGGUGGAAUAGGCAGUUUGAUCGCUGGUUUGUUGGGAUCUUCCACGGAUGAGCCGCGCAACACCUCGCCAAGGAAUAAGAAGAAGAGGAAGAAGAAGAAAUCUCGCCUGAACGGCUCUUCUCCUCCAGCUUUGGGCGGGACUGCUAGGACGCCAGACGGCGGGACCGCUACGUCAGCGGAUACGCCGAGCACUCAGCCUGCAGUUGACCGGGUUGUGGUUAAAGGUCAGGGCAAGGGAAAUAAUAGCAAGGGCAAGGGCAAGGGCACCAAGGGCGGCGAGGCCAACCAAUCCACCGUUGGCGAGCCCGUGCCUGCUGCUUCUGCGCGCACGCCGCUGUCAAAUGCCAGGUUGCGGCCUAGCGACUGGCACGGAGCUGUGCUGCACUAUGAUGAUCUGCCGGAGGCGGUGAAGAACACGCCCACGGGACCGCUUGUUAUCCAGGUCUCUGAUGCCAUGCAGGCGGACGCCGCUGCCAUGAUGUUGGCAGGGAGCGCCGCCAAGUAUUCCACCAGUAUCUUGUGGCCUGAUCGGGAGGGGGCCCUCAUGGCUCCAUUCCAGGUUGGAGGGCAGGGGGGCCGUGUCGUGCCAUUGCACGUUGCCAGUCGCGAGCUCAUUGCUCCGGGUAUCGCCCUCCCUUCUCUGAAGUUUGCGCCCAACACUGCACGGGUUGUUACUAAGGAACCUGAGACAUGUCAGCUUCGCAUUGUGCUCUUGCCGUUGUACUUGUCUCUCGCUGAUUGGAAUGCCGCCUCCGCCAACCCACGCCGCUUUCUCCAAUCGCGGCUGGGGGACUUGAAGGAUUGCUGGGGCUUUGCCAGAGAAAAGCGGGGAGGCAAGGAGGCCAUCAUCGGAUUGAUUCGAGUGCCAACUGCAGUCCGGAAAUCGGUUUUGGCUAAGUCCGGGCGCUCAGGAGUUUUCGUUGAGCCGGUGGGCGGCAUGACCGAGCCCGUCACGGUCGAGUGGUCUGAUGCGCAGCCGGGCGAAAAGCCCACUGAGCAUUUGGAAAGGUUGGUCAACGGCAAACCUUCCCUAGGGGUUGUUUGCGGCGACCGCCAGUUGGGUGUUCGGAGGGAGUGUGCCAAGGAUGGCGUCACGGAGCGCAGCUGGCGCUUGGACAAAACUCCAUUGGAUUGGACUGAGGACUUUGUUUCUGGGCUCAUCGCGGAGCAGUCCAAGCUCACAGGUGUGCGCGUCACUCGCCGCGUUGUGCGAGGCAGGCUGUGUAGCUGGGAUUUGCGGGCCACGGCUCCACGCGACAUUGAUUGCGUGCAGUUGGCCACCACCACUGAGGACAAACAGCAACGCAUCUACUGGGUGCUGCCUUCGCGGCCAUCGCGAGGCGCUGCAUGGGCUCGCGAGCCGAUGCGAAAUGCCGGGCCCUUCAGAUUCGCUAAGGAUACCUUUCACGUCACGAGCAAGGCUCAGGCUACCCCGAGUGCUGACGUGCAGGAUGCUGACGGUAAAGCCAUCCCACCACCCAAGCGACAGGCUCAGGAGGUUCGCAUCCGGGAGGUGCCGCAGGGCGUCGAGCUUGUCAAGGUUAGUGCCGAUGGCAAUUGCUUCUAUCAUUGCCUGUCUGAUGCCGUUGCUUUCGUCCGCAGCGGUAAGCCUAGGGAUCAUUCGGUCUUGCGAGCCGAAAUCAUUGCUUAUCAACGGAAGCAUGCUGCGACUUUUGAGGCGUGGUGGGACCGGACCGACUCCGGUGGCAAGGAGCUGGCUGACUUUCCGGCUUACCUUAGUCACAUGCAAGGAGACGGGGUUUGGGCUGGACCGCUCGAGAUAGAGUCGGCAGCCCGAGCCUACAAUCUCGAAAUUUUCGUAGUGCCUAGGGAUGGUGACCUUCCGCCGGUUGUGCAUAACCAGGGGGGGACGUUUCGCGUUGCCCUUUGGUUCACGGGCCAACACUUCGAUUGGUUGAAGCCUUCUGCCAAGGAUCAGGGUUUUCCCAGUGCCAUCACCAACAUUUGCAGUGCUCCGGAUAUGCGGAGUGCCAGGGGUGGGGGACCCGAUGAUGCAGCCUCUGUCGCUGACUCAGCCUGGACUAUGUGGACUCGCGAUUCGCAAGACAGGCCGGUGCCUGUGCCCAAGCGCCCGAAGGCUCAACCCAGACCACCGAUUUCGUCUCCAAAUGGGGGGUCUGGGUGUGGGCCCAAAUCGGCCCAAAACUCGGCUGAGGCAACCCCCGAUUCUCGAGGCCGAAACUGGGGGGUUGCCGGGGGGGAAAAUGCUGUGCAAUGUGCCAUUGCCAAGUUGCGAGGCUCUGAGUCUUCGCGAGCCGGGCCUCUCGCGCGCUGCCUGCUGGAGUCCUCCGCCGCACUCGCCACUGCUUUGAAGCAAGGAGCCGCUUCGGAAGUUGCUGGGGCGUGUGAGGGGCCUCUCCUGCCUGAGGAUGCUGUGUGGCUUAGGUGGUUUAGGAGCACUUUUGAUGCCUCCCGGUCGGGUGACACGGUUGGUGACAUUCAGAGCCAGCGGUCUUCGCCUCACCAUCCUGCCACGAGCCCGCCCGGAUCCGACAUUCGCUCCUUCUUCGCACGGGCAUCUGCGGCGACAUCUGCGCCUGACAUCGCCAGUGACAUUGACGGUGAGGUCGACAUACCUCCCCCGCCAGCCCCGGUGGCGGGCCACAAACGCCGCAGGUUUCGCCCGGUUCACUCCAAGUGGAGGUGCGAUGAGUGCGGAUUCGUUGCGGUUGGUAAGUAUUGGAGCAUCAACAAACGCCUGCACAUCAUGCGAUGGCACCCUGACUUGCGUGCGAUGCUUUCCCUUCGCAGGCCUGUUGGGCUCUUGCCGUGGACGCCAGCCUGCAUCUGGAAAUGCCGGUACUGUGACAAAGGCCAGGGGACCGAAGGAUCGGCGGACAGCCGCCUCCAUGCUCGCCUGCACCAUCGCGAACAGCAUCAUCCUGAUAAGCCCAGGGCUCACUUUCUGCUUGUUCGGGCAAACAAUGCUCCGGUCGCCACCAAGGCGGUCCGCAACAAGGGUGCGGCAAGCCACCUCAUGCGGUUGAAGAAGGGUGAGGCUGGCGUGCAUGAUCCUAUCCGAGUUGCUACGCCACCGACAGGAAAGGCCAAGAAGAAUCGGGUUUUGUACAGGGUGUUGUGUCGUAAGUGUGGGGCUUAUGCAGCGCGGCUGAAGGACAUCGCCAAUGCUCCUUGCCGAUCGUUUGUGAGCAAGGGCCCCAAGCGCAAGCAGCUUGUUGAGAGGCUCACUGCGGCCCUCGAGCGCACCGAUCUCUCCGAGGAGGUGCGUGACAACACGAUGCGGGCCGUUGAAAUCAUCAAGCAGCUCAACCAGCAAGCCGUCGCUGCCGAGCCGCGUGAGCAUCGGCUCGAGGCCAUCGCGUGGCCUAUCGGGGGGUUCUCUGUGCGCUUCCUGUGCUCUCUGUGCCGGCGCAUCCAUGUCACCGCUGGGGCCUUUCGCAACAAGCCAUGUGUGGGCGAGGCGUGGUCACAGUACUCUAAGGGUCAGCUCGCCAAGCUGCGCGCGCUCGCCAGCGAGGGCGGCACUGCUGGAAACACCGCCAGCGCCUUGCUACGGCGCCUGCAGCCGGAAGCCGGGGUUCAGGAAACCAGACUUGCGGAUGAAGGUGUGAGUGCGGCCACUAGUGGUGCGCGCGCUGCCAGCUGGCAAUUCGUGCCGGGGUGCCGUGGUAGGUUUCUGGUUGCCAAAGUUCACAGGCCUAGCUGUCGGCCUUUUCUCCUCGCCAAUGCCUAUCUGCCGGCAUCCAGCGUUACCGAGGCCGGUUAUCUUGCUGCUUUUCUGUUGGAGUGGCUCAAAGCAACCGGCGAGGAGUUCGCUUUGCUGGGCGACUACAAUCUUGAAGUCUCUCGUUGGCCGUUAUCAUCGGCCUGCAGCAGUGGGGCGAUUGUGUGCUGGGACGAUUUGCAUGUCCUCGAGCCGCAGGGGACUCACAGGGACCCUGACGGCGAACUGACGGGUUACACUAUUGAUUUUGGGGUUGGCACUAGGGGUUUAGUUACUUCUGGUAGGCUGCAGUUGCGGGGGCCGGCGGACCACGACCUCGUGGCCUACGACCUUCAGGUCGCCAGCCGGCCAGUGCAGCACGCUUGGACGCGCUACAGGCCUUUGCAAGAUUCUGAGGCUUCAGCUGCCUGGGAGACUGUUUGGAAUCCCGUGAGCGAGCGCUUUGCUGAGAAUUUGGCUGCGGGCGAAAUUGACGAGGCAUGGCAUUUGCUCAGCGGCGCUGCUGAGCGGACUCUUGCGCAGGAGACUGUGAAGCAAUACUGCGCUAGGUCUGCCGUCGCCGGCCCUCGGCGGGAGGCAAUGCACUCGGGCAAAGCGCCCUCUUUCCAGUCUCUUCGGGAGAGACGCUUGCGACGCCUGGCUCGGCGGACUGCGGAGUUAGCCAAGCAGCCCGACGACCAUUGCCUCGCCAAACGGAUUUUGGCCGCCAGGCGGGACUUUGAAGAGGUGUGGCCCACGAUGCCGCUUGCUACUGCUGAGGCGGCUCAGCAUUUUCACCAGCUUGCUGAGCAAGCCGCCCGUGAGUGCAGGGAUCGCCGGGUCGCUCGCUGGAAGCGCGAGAUUCAGGAGGAUGCCGCUAAACUGAGUGCUUGGAUUGGCCAAGCCGUGCCCGUUGAGGAGCCGCCGGCACACCACAAAGUGCUGGACCCGGACCCGACUGCCCAAGCCACCGAGGCCGCGCGCACAUGGGAGAGGCAGUGGUGCCCGGUUCAGCGCCCCGAUGCCGAGAAGGUUGCAAAGUUGUGUGCCGAACUGGGUGCUCCGAGGCCCGAGUGGGAGCUUCCGCCUACGUCGCCUGCUGCCCUUCAAGCGCGUGCGAAGCAAUCGCGGAAGCGCGCUGCCGGAUUGGACGGGUGGCGACCGGCCCACUUCGCUUGUUUAGGGUUUUCUUUCUUUCUGGCUUUGGGUGCUCUUUGGGAUGUUUGCCUUAGGGAUCAGGUCCUGCCGGUUGCUUGGAAGCAGAUCCGGGUUACUCUCAUUGCCAAGGCAUCCGGGGGUACUCGGCCGCUGUCUAUCGCUACGGCGGGGUGGCGGCUGUGCAUGGCAGUUACAAUGCGUGCCCUACGAGGUUGGGUGCGGUCGUGGGUCCCGCCGGAGUUGUGUGGAGGGGUGCCGGAUGCUUCUAUCCACACCGUUCACUCCGCCAUUUUCCAGGACUUGUUCGCUGCUCACCGCGAUAAGAAGCUGAUGGUUGGUUGCAAGGCGGACAUCAAGCGGUGCUUCGACUCCACCAGUCCGGAGCUUGCCACUCUGGUGUGGAGGUGGCUGGGCGCCCCGCGGGCCCUCUGCGGCCUCAUUGAGCACUACUAUGCCGGACAAGUACGCUGGCUGUCGGUGAGGGGUGCUUACUGCCCACGUGCCGUGCCUAGCACCUGCAGCUUACUCCAAGGUUGCCCGGCUUCGCCUGCUUUGCUGAACUCCCUGAUGGCUGUGUGGUUAUGGGCUCUGAAACGUGAGACUCCGAUGGUCAAGGUUGCUCUGUUUCUUGACGACAGAACUCUCUGGAGCUCCGGCUCGGCGGCGGUUGAAGCUGUUGUUCAGGCCGCGAAGACUGCAAAGGCCCUCGAUGCGGACCUGGGAUUGACCACCCACGAGGACAAACUCGAAUGCUUUGGCACCACGCAGGAUGCCAGGGAAGCUUUGUUUGAGGAGGCCGAGCUCGUAGGCACUCCCCAAGACACCUUCAAACUUCUUGGCGUCACUUAUCAUGUUAGGGCUGAUGCUUGCACUUGUGCCGGACGGCUUACUGAGGUCAUGCGCCGGCGUGCCAAGCGCAUCACCAUGGCGGCCAGAAGUGUUUCGCUUCGCAUCGCCUUGUUGCUGUCGCUAGUUGUGACCUUGUUCAGGUGGCUGGGACCGUGGCAAAAGUUCACGCAGACAGUGAUGACUGACUGGGCUCGCAUCAUUGAGCAUGCUGUUUGGGGCGGCCCUCCGCCAACUGGACGCUCUCGUGCACUGUUUUGGUGUGCCAUCGCGUCACCCGGCCUGCAUCCUGUUUUCGCUCUGGCUUUGUCUGCGCUCAUGUGGGAGUGGAGGCGCCACGCCAGCUCUCACGCCUUGCAAGCAACCAGCCCCGGCCCCCGGGCCGCUGCAGCCUUCGAGUUGUUUGGGUGGCGGGUUAGCUCUUUCGGUUGGGACACACCUUUUGGGUUGGUUAGGCCUGGUUGGGUUUCCCUUAAGCAUGUGCGCUUCCUUGCCGAGCAGUCGUGGAUGCGCGUUAUGUGGGAGUCGGACUCGAAGGUGGAACAGGGCCUGCCUGACGGACUCCACCCUGACUUUGCAGUCGCUCGCCGCCUCGCGGCUCGUGGUGUUGACAGGUACUUGCUUCGGGUUGUGUCGGGAGCCGCUGCCGAUGGCAGGCAGUUGGCGAGAUUGCAGCUGCCUGCAAAUUGCGUCUGUGGGGCCAGCGAAUACGACCGGCAUCACGCCACUUUUGACUGUCCUGCUGUGCCCUGGCUGUUGAAGAAAAGGUCGGCCGAUGAGCGCCGCACUCUUGUGCCGCUUGUUCCUAUGGCCGUUCGCAGCACGGUUGCACCGCCUGUGCCUGAUCCGGAGCUCGUCGCUCAUUUGAGGGACACGUGCGAGCCGGUGCUGCUGGCAAUCGAUGGGAGUUGCCUUGUGUCUGCGGUUGCCGCGACCCACCAGCGCGCUGCGUGGGGCGUGGCUUCCACUGAGGGGUGUAAGUUUUCGGGUUUAGUGCCUGAUCUUGAACACACGCCUGCUGCCGGGGAGCGAGCUGCGCUCUGGCAAGCCGUUGCGGCGGCACACGCUGCCAAGGUGCGGUCUCUCCGUCUGCUGUGCGACAACGAGGGGGUUGUUCUUCGGGUUCGUAGGGGUUUGCUAGGGUCUUGGGAGGGCGAUUGUUCCGCCUUUUGGGCAUCCAUUGCUCUUCUGAUCCCUUCUGACACUAGCAUAGAGUGGGUGCCGUCUCACGGCAAGCUUGCGCAGUGGCAGCCGCCGCAAGGGUGGCCUCCGGCUUCUCUGUGCCGUCUGUACAAUCAGUGGGCGGAUGAGGCGGCUGGCGCCGUUACGAAGGGGUUUCAUCCUGAAUUUGCUCAGGCCGUUGGAAGAAUCAGCGAAGGAAGACAUUGGGCCGAGACUGCUUCCCUUUGCCAGUGGCGUGCCACGGCUAAGGCUAUGGAGGCAGUGCGCGGGCUUUAUGCUCAUGACUUUGCCAGGGAGAUUUUGGCCAUUUCGCCCACUGAAGGUGGUGCGGAUGGACCGUGUUAG